CACCUUUCUCUGACGCUCUACUGUAAUGUCUAGCGCGUCACCAAACAACGAAAAGUUGAGCGUGUUUUUUUCAUUAAAUGAAAGCUUGCCGGACUGCAGCACAAUGUCAUUCUUUGGGUGCGAUAACUCCGUUUUUGAUAACGUUACGCCCGAUAUAACAAGCGUCAGGUCGAAAGGGUUACGAAGUUUACAGCUAUAUAGUAUACUUCUGACAUUCAUAAACAAAAACUGUCGCCGUUUGAAGUUUGGCAGACAACGUUAAUUAUACGUAUUUCUUAACAUAUCAAUACUCAAACUUAGCAGAAAAAAGUCCAUUGCUCUACAAUACAUGAUAUCAAAGUAUCGCGAGAAGUAAGCAUGCGCAACUGUCUGCUCUCGCGGUACUUUGAUGCCAUCUGCAGGUCGAUCUGCGCAGCGCCGCAUGAGAUGACGUGGAACGUGCCUAAACAAGUAUCUAUAAUUGCCGGUGGCUUAAAACGUUUCAAUUUCUCUUUCAGUGGGUAAAGCACACCUAAGACAUCGUGACAGCUGAACGUGAAGUCAACUUAUCUCGCUUGUGAAGUCACGAUGGACCGAGGACACGACUGUGUGGAUGCCAUGAAAGUGGUAUCACACGCCACGGAUCAUGGAGUGGAUCAUGCGGAUGCCAAAGCCUGUUCACACUCGUUUAAAUACAACAUGAAGCACCAAAACAUGGGAUUGUGCAUCAUCAUCAACAACAAGACCUUCAACAGAGAAACAGGAAUGGGUGUUCGUAACGGAACGGACAUGGACGAAAAGAACACGUCAGAGGUCUUCGAAAAGCUGGGCUUCAAAAUCAAGGUCACGAAAGACCUAACUGUCUCGCAGAUGAAGAAUUUGUUAACCAAAGUGUCUAAGAAAGAUCACAGUCAUUCAGCGAUGUUUGUCUGUGUGCUGUUGAGUCAUGGAGAUGAGGGUUUGAUCUACGGCACAGACGGCUCUAUGAAGCUGAAUGAACUCUUUAAACUCUUCAGUGGAGAUCACUGCUCCACACUGGUCGGGAAACCCAAACUUUUCUUCAUUCAGGCCUGCAGAGGAGAUUAUCUGGACUCAGGCGUAGAGACUGACAGUGUGGAGUCCAAUGGAGGACAGAAGAUUCCAGUCGAGGCAGAUUUUCUGUAUGCGUUCUCCACUGCACCAGGUUAUUAUUCCUGGAGGAAUGUUGCUCAUGGCUCAUGGUUCAUCACAUCUCUGUGUGACAUGCUGUCCAGAUACGGCAGGCAGUUGGAGAUCUUGCAGAUCAUGACACGUGUCAAUCAUAAAGUAGCGCUGGACUUUGAAUCUUCCUCAAAUCUACCCGGCUUCGACGGCAUGAAACAGAUCCCAUGCAUUGUGUCUAUGCUCACCAAAGAACUCUAUUUCCCUUAAUAAUGCUACUACAACUUAAAAUGUGUUUUUAGCACUUUAACACAUCAAAAUGUUUUUAUUAUUUUCUAUGAUGUGUUAAAUGAAUUCAUUGCUGCAUUAAGACACAGGUGAUAAAUAAACAUUAAUUUGGUA